AUGUCGUCUGUGGUUAUGCGUGGAUUGAAUCCACGUAACGGCUUCACAGCCAGUACAAUGCGUUUCGCACCUACAUUUCGUGUUCUCCAUAUUAGCUGGACUCAUAAUGCUCUUAUGAGUGAAGGAGUUCAAAAGUUCGUUGAGAAAUACUUACCCACCAUAAGGGCGAAUAAUCCAAAUAUCGAAUAUCGUCUGUACCGAACGCAUAUCAUAUGUGACCCAUUCGUAGUAGGCGAAUACGUAUUUAAUCGGACUAGAAAAAGAAGAUGUUCAUGGUUGACUUCAAACCAGGUGCUGGCUAUGGUAGAGGAAAUGUCUGUUGGCGGUAACUUCUACCCAGGUUAUAAGGCAUUAAUUGCUCUUCGCUUCAUUUCUUCUCUUAUUAGAAUGGCUAAAAAGCUUCAAGUCAAUGCCCGACUACCUCGCGGAAUUGAGAUUUGGAAUUCUGAAACAAUAGGUCACGAUGUUUUCAAAGUUUACAGUAAAUGGAAAGGAGAUCCUCCAGAUCCUGAUGAAAUUCAAGUCCACGAGCACCCAAAUUACGUCUAUAAGCAAGGACCGAGGAAAAAAAUGUGA